CUUUAAAGGAUUUUAUUUUCAUCUACAGUCACAUGAUGCCUUAAUACCCAAUGACACCAACUACAGUGUCUCAUUAAGAGGUCAUGCAAACUCCCAAGCUAAACAAGGCAUUCUUACAUAUUUAACAUUCAAAUGCAGAAGCCAAGCUAAGCCAUGGAAGAUUGUAAUCAGAAAAAAGCUACACUUCCUGAUCCACACAAAAGCUGCAGGUUCUUCAAACAGGAGACAGAUUGCUAUCAUUUGGGGCUGAAAUCUGGAGGUUAUCUUGGAAUGUGAAAACUACCUGCUGCUGGCAUCCAUGACAACCAUGUAGAUCCUGUUCACUUACUUUAACAAUCUACACCAGCAUGCGUACCUGCAAACAAGAAGUGCAGGUGUGCUCAAGCUGCAUCAGGAACACUCAAGCUUCCCUGCCUUGAGACCUGCCCAGCAUUACAUCUCAGUUUGGUGCCAAACAGCUGCAUGGAAAAGCAAGAAGGUGAAGUGGCAAGAUUAAAGAAAAUCCAGAUGGGGUGCAGGUGCUGCAAAAUGAUACAAAGCUAUAUUUUUGAUCCAGAAGUAGUACAAUCGCCUGGACGCAUUCAUGAAGUAAGCAGCUAUAAACACAAUGAGCAAGACAGCAAUAAAUCCAAAGAGAACAGUGAAAUUCAAGAACAUAAAAAUGAACUCCAGAAGGAUGAGCUAAACAGAACAGAAAAUAAAAGUCAGAUAAACAGCAGAAAAGAAACUCUCUGGAACCAUGGAGGCAAUGAUUUUCAAGAGGAUGGCCUUGUGAAGUGUGUUGCAAAGCUUGAUGUUGCAGUCAACGGUGGCAGCUCCUGUGCUGGAGUGCACUCCAUGCUCAACCCCAACACAAAUCCAGCAAAAGAAGCCAGUGAACAGGGAACUUCCAGCCAGUCACAGGCUUCUUCAGCCAGCAACAGAGACUUUUACACCAAAUCAAACAGGUCUGGUCAAGAACUUGACCUAGAGGCAGGCAGGCAGAGGAAGGCAACCUGCAAUGAGCCAAACAGUAUUCAAGAUGAGAACUCUCAGUCUGCAGAAGACAUCAUCUUUCUUAAAGGAAGUGCAAUACUGGAGACACAAAACAAUGCCAUACGACUGCCAGAUAUUGAUUACCCCCAAAAUGGCAAUCAAACCAGGAACUAUGUUGAAAAAGAUAACUUUUUAGUCAAUUGUGCACACACAGACCAAAACACUGAGCCUUCAGCAAUGCAGGACCAGGAUCUUCGUGUAACCCCACCUCUGCCUAUGAAGGAGAGCAGUAUUGGACCUUUUAAAACUGACUCCACAAGUUUGAGUGGGAGGAUUAUGGCUGGUAUCACUGCUGUGGGUGUUACCAAAGUAGCACAGGCACCCACAUACCCUAACCAUAAAGAUAUCAAUGGAGAAAUGGAGGAGGAAGACGCAGAAGUUGCAGCAGCUCUGGCUGCACUGGAAGCUGCAACUGCAGGGGAAGACCUGGAUGAUGACGACGAAUACUAGAUGAAGGUUUAUUUUUCAUACACUGGGUAAGAUCCAGAUUUUAUUUCUGGAUCUAUGUAUCAUGUGUAGCACAUGCGGACAGCUGUUAUAAACAGCACAUAUAAAAGGAGUUUGGACUAAACCUCUGCCCCUUCAGCUGUUUUGUACAGCUUUUAAUUUCUACUGCCUGAGGUACAGAAGCACUCCCUUGGCUAAUGGCAAUACUAACACUUUUAUAUGGGGCCAACCAGGGGGACAAAGUGUCAUUUCUUUUGCACAGGCUAUCCUACUGUAUACCCACCUCACCUGGGCUCAUGCAAAGCCCUUUGGUUUUGACCCUCAAGAGGGUCUGUGCAUACUGCAUGUUCCAGGUUCAGAAAACUUCCAUUAUUUAAAACAGAACUAUAGAAGCCAUGGAGUUAGAAACCACAGAUUUUCACCAUGUUAGCACAAAAAAAAAAAAAAAAACCAACAAAAAAACAACCCAAAUCUCACCCAGAGCUCCAUGAUCUAUUGAUGUAUGAAAUAGAGAAGGCAGCUUGGCUUCCACUUCAUUGUGGUUACAGUUCCAGUCCAGAUUAAGCCUAAAUCUGUGCACGUACAGAUGGCAUUACAAUAACCUCACCUCUUCCCUUAUACCUUCCCUGGACUUAGUUUGAUACCCCAAGUGACCUGCCUCAGUUCACUAAGAAAUCAGAAGCCUAGUCAAAUCCAAGAGAAUGGGUAACUUUGUGUUGGUUUAACGUGCUGAAGUAGCUCACAUAAAAACUGCACGCACACUACCAGAGGUGCUGGAGGGGGAUCAAAACUCAGCCUUACCAGAUAGAUAGAUAGAUUGGAUAGAUUAAAACUGCGGUAAAACUCCAGCCUGAGACUUCUCAAUUCUGCUAAAUUUUCCAGGCACACAUCACUUGCCUUAACAAUACAGUUUGCAAACAGGUUGUGUCUCAUAAACAUCCCCAGCAAGACAUGUUUUGUUUAUAUACAAACAGUGUGGACCCCUCCCUGGCUCUGCUGUAGUCCUUAAAAUUUCGAGCAGGAAAGGGAUUGAGCUUCCAAGCUGAAUUAAGCGUAAGACCUGAAAAUAUCAGCUGCGUUCCUGGAGCGUUUACCCUCCCUCUGAUGUCAGACUAUUACACUGACCUUUCUUGUGAGGGGGGAGGAAAAAAGAGGCAGAGACCAGUUUGGUGCUGAGAAUUCAUCAAAAGUUGGAUCUUAAUGGUUGAAAGUGCUCGACAUUUUAUACUGAAAUGGGGUUUCUGAGUUUGUUACAAAUUCUUAAUAAACUGUUUUUAAUCAUAUAAAAAAAUUAUCCGGCAACUUUUGUGCUUUAUGCAUUUUCUGAUUACAUAUCAGUUACAUAAAAGAAGUACUAUAACAUAUAGCCCUCAUUAGAUACAUGGAAAGCACCAACUGUGUAUUUGCCAACAGUAUAUGCUGAAUUCUAGUCAACCAUUAACAUACGCAAGGAUCAGAAUAUUAGAGGUGGGGUUUAAGCAAUGUAUAGAUAUUGGAAUUAUUUCUGUUUACAUGAGGAUUCUGUUUAAACUGAUCAAAUAAAGAUUUCAAUUUCUCAAAACAUUAAUGAUACCCCUAGGAGCAAGUAAAAAAAAAAAAAAAAAGUCAGCUUCAAGAGAACUAUAUUCAGC